AGUCCGUCUCAGCUGUCCUUGGUGCUGCUUCUGUUUCAGAUGAGGGCUGCAGUAUUCUGCUGAGUAGCAGUGAGCCAGCAUUCGCUCGCUCUGCCUCCCAGAAACGAGCCUGAGCGUCCUAGGAGACAAAAACUACAUCGCCCACAGUCCUCCAGCCGCAGCCCAGACUGUUGCCUGGCCUGGAGCGAAGCCCUGUGGAACCCUGGGAGUUGUGGUCCUGCUAACCAGCUGGUGGUGAAGGCAGAGAGGGAGAGAGAGAGAGAGACGUGCCAUGACAACCAUCAGAGAGACAGGAAGAAACUGCUGAGUCAUGUCUGCUGGACUGGAUGAUACAGACAACGUAUUCGACCUGAACGAGGCGAUCCCAGAGACCGAGCUCCUGGACAACAGCAUCCAGAAGGGGCGGGCCCAGCUGUCCGUCAAGGCACGGAGGCACCGCCCCUCCAGGUCCCGUUACCGUGACAGCGUGAGCUCGACGGAGGGUGACGACAGCCUGGAAAGGAAGGACAGUCCAAUACACUCUGCCCACUCACCUCUCCACCUGGCCAUGCAAGGCUCCUCCCCCUCUCCUGAUUCGCUGUUGUCUGUGCGAAGCCCCGCCUUCUCCUUCGACACAUCAAUGGGGCGUCGCUCUCCAGAGGAUGAAGGAGCGUCAUUGGCUGCUCCCCCGCGGGGGCGGUACCAUCAGCUGACCAAUGCCACGUCUCAGGAGGCUCUGGUGACUCCCAGCAGCUCGCCGUCCAGGUCCUGCCCCUCUGCCGACUGCUCACGAGUCUACAUGAGGAGGAGCAGAAGGCCCGACAGUGAAGUGUUGGUUUCUGACUCGAGUCGGGACACGAGUCCGGCUGAUCCCGGGAGUCCGACUGUCGUCUUCGACAAGAAAACUAAGAGACGCUUCCUGGACCUCGGGGUGACUCUCAGGCGUUCAUACAUCAGAGUGAGGAAAGACAAGUCCAAUAGACUGUCUGUGGGCAGCAGAGAGCCAUCUGAGAGUCCGUCUCGGUCUUCAGGGUCCUUCGUCCCGUUCUCCUGGUUCUCUGAAGGACGGGGGUCUCUGUCCUCCUCCGGGACUCCCCCCUGCUCCCCCAAAAUCACCCCGCUGAGUUCUCCACGGCCACGCAAGUCUCACUCCCAGGAGUCGGCGCUCAGUGAGGAGUUUUCUCCUCCUCACACUUCGUCCUCCACCUCUCCUCCAGUCGACUCCUCUAGAUCGUCCCAUCCGUACCACACCCUGUCCCAGUCCUCAGACGAGCCCUUUGAUGACCCGUCCUGUCCGGUGUCUUUGUGGACGACUCAGCAGGUCUGUCAGUGGCUCAAAGGACUCAACAUGGAGCAGUAUGUCCCAGAAUUCAGUGCGAGAGACAUCGACGGACGGGAGCUGCUGCAGCUGGACGGCAACAAGCUGAAGGCCCUGGGCGUGCUCAGUUCGUCUGACCGCGGCGCUCUGAAGCGUCGCAUCAAAGAGAUUCAGAGUGCGGCAGAGAAGGAGAGGAAAGCUUUGGACAAGAUGGAGAGACAGAAAGAGAAACAACGAAGACGAGACCAGGAGCAGCGCCGGAACUGACCAACGCCGGGGGAGACAGAGACAGCUCUCUGUGUGUCCAGACAUCCUGGAAAGUCCUGACAAGUCCUGGAAAGUCCUGGAAAAGGACACAUGGAGCUCCGUCCUGGUUGAUAUUUUUCAGGCUGUGUUUCUUUAAAGUGGUAUGGUGGCCCUGAAAGUCCAAACAGUUUUUAUUUACUGAACAGAAGUCCUUCUAUUUUGUCCUUUGGGGACACCGUUACACUUUAAAGGUCUCCUGCGGUGCUCGCUAUCCCACAAUCCACUGCACGACAGGUGUGUUCAGGUGCGUUCAGGUGCUCUUUGUUCACCAUCACAGGAAGUAAAUCUGGUUGGAAGCAAAGAAACUAAAGAACCUGAAUGAUUUGAUUUUAUUCAGAAUUUGUCUGAUUUGAUUUAAAAUUCAAAAACAAAAGAUCAGAUUUGAUUGGUUGAAUUCAGAAAACAUUGAUGAUGAAUCGUCCAAUUAGGUUACAUCCUGUUUCCCUUCUUUGCCUUCAUUAAAGCACCUGAACACAUCGUGGCAGGUUUGUUAAGCCACGCCCCUUCAAAGGACACGCCCCCACACGAGGAGGAGGCGAUGCCUGAGCUGAAGAGGAAGUGAUGAAACAAAGAAGUCAGACUUUAAGAUGACGAAGCAUCGACUCACCUCUGACCUCUGACCCCGACAGUGAAAUCAUUUCAAUAAAUAAAUCUGACAAA